UCAUUUGAGUACCUUCAAUCCAUUAAGCCUCUUACAAAAAGUGUUUGAGAUUUCUCCCUCCUCUUUCUCUCUUCUGCUCCGCUCUUUCCAAGCUUUGAUCAUGGAAAAUUCCAUUAAUUCAUUUACUAAGAAAAAGACUCAAUAUUCUAAUUCUUAUUCAUCCCAACAGCAUAGUGAAGAAGAAGAAGAGAGUGGUUGGACCGGUUAUUUUGAAGAUUACAGCAAUUGUUCUUCUAUUACUUCUUCUGAUUUUGGAAGCUCUUCAAUGAUUUCUGAUGCAGCUUCAUGUGCUGCAUGGAAGAAGAAAAAUCAGGCUCAUCUUGUUAACAAUAUGACUGAUGAUGUCAGAUUAGUAUUGGAAAAAAGUUGUAAAAACUUGAAUAUUUUUAAUACCAACACCAACAAGAAAAAGAGAAGAAGUAGGGUUGUUGAUGAUUCUUUGGAAGAUACUGCUAGCUCUCCUGUUAACAGCCCUAAGGUAAGUGAAACCAGAGAGUUGGAUGUUAUGAGCAGCCCGGCAAAGAAUGUUUAUGAAUCAAAUAUAGAGAUCUCUCAGGGAAAAAGAAGAUUACUGUCUGAUCAUUGUUUCGACAUGCAAUUUAAAGAUGAGAAUAGAAGUGCUAUUGGAAAUGAAUGUACAGAGCUGAGGAAAAGAGGGUUUUGUUUAGUUCCUAUGUCUAUGUUGGUGAACUAUGUUGCUGGACAAAACUAGAUCACCUAUAUAUACAUUCUUUGUAAAGAUUGCUAACAUGACACUGUACUUGUAAUUUUACUAUAAGAUCUCUACCUCUAACUCUGCUUAUGUGCGUCUUCUCUUUUCAUUGAGUCACUGUGUGCUCUUGCCUUUGUGUCAUUAAUGUCAUUUAAUACAACUCAAGGAUACAUGUCUGAGCUGAAACUAUGUAGCUGUGUAUAAGAAGCAGCUCUGAUAUUAAUAUUAACUUUUCUAAUUCAUACUA